AUGGUCGCCACCGGCUUCGCUAUUGCCUCUCUCUUCAUCGCCGCCGCCUUCGGGAAGCCCAUGGCGCGCAGCAUGAAGGUGCACGAGACCCGCGAGGGCGUCCCCAGCGGUUUUUCGGUCAAGGCUGCGGCGAGCCCCGACCAGACUCUCAAGCUCAGGAUCGCGCUCACCCAGAGCAACUUCCCCGAGCUCGAGAGCCGUCUCUACGACGUCUCGACCCCGUCGAGCGCGAAUUACGGCAAGCACCUUUCCAAGGCUGAGGUCAACGAGCUCGUUGCCCCGACCCAGGAGAGCAUCGACGCUGUCAACGCGUGGCUCGCGGAAAACGACAUCACCGCGACGAGCACCACCUCCACCGGCAGUUGGCUGUCGUUCGAGGUCCCGGUCAGCAAGGCGAACGAGCUCUUCGACGCCGACUUCACCGUGUUCACCCACGACGACUCGGGCAUGGAGGCGGUCCGCACCCUCUCCUACUCUAUCCCGGCCGAACUCCAGGACCACCUCGACCUCGUCCACCCCACGAUCACCUUCCCGAGCCCGAACAGCCACCUCCCCGUGUUCGCCUCUCCGUUCAAGGGCGACCUCGCUUCCAACCAGACCCUGACGUCGCGCGCGGUCCCCUCGUCGUGCAAGAGCACCAUCACCCCGGCCUGCCUCCAGGCGCUGUAUGGGAUCCCGACCACCAAGGCCACCCAGUCCUCGAACAAGAUCGCUGUCUCCGGUUUCAUUGAGCAAUUCGCCAACCAGGCCGACCUCAAGACCUUCUUGACCAAGCUGCGCACGGAUCUCUCUUCGUCGACCACCUUCACCACCCAGCUCCUUGACGGCGGUUCGAACUCUCAGUCCGGCUCGCAGGCUGGCGUUGAGGCUAACCUCGACGUCCAGUACACCGUUGGUGUCGCCACCGGUGUUCCCACCGUCUUCAUUUCUGUUGGUGAGAACUUCCAGGACGGUGACCUCGAGGGCUUCCUCGACAUCGUCAACUUCCUCCUUGACGAGGACGCUCCUCCCGCGGUUAUGACGACCAGCUACGGUCAGGACGAGAGCACCAUCUCGCGCAACCUUGCCAACACCCUGUGCAACGCGUACGCGCAGCUCGGUGCCCGCGGUGUCUCCAUCCUCUUCGCCUCCGGUGAUGGUGGUGUUUCCGGUUCCCAGUCCCAGAGCUGCCGCACUUUCGUCCCGACCUUCCCCUCUGGCUGCCCCUUCAUGACCUCCGUCGGUGCCGUCACGGGCAUCUCGCCCGAGGCCGCCGCCUCGUACUCGUCCGGCGGCUUCUCGAACUACUUCGCCGCCCCCAGCUACCAGACGGCGUCGAUCAAGACCUACCUCUCCGCGCUCGGCUCGACCAACUCCGGCAAGUUCAACACCACCGGCCGCGGCUUCCCCGACGUCUCCGCCCAGGGCUCCAACUUCGAGAUCGUCGUCGACGGCCAGGCCGAGCUCGUCGACGGCACCUCGUGCGCGUCCCCGUCGUUCGCCUCCGUCGUCGGCCUCCUCAACGACCGCCUCGUCGCCGCCGGCAAGAGCCCGAUGGGCUUCCUCAACCCGUUCCUCUACUCCUCCGCCGGCGCCGCCGCGCUCAACGACGUCACCUCCGGCUCGAACCCCGGCUGCAGCACGAACGGCUUCCCGGCGAAGGCGGGCUGGGACCCGGUCACCGGGCUCGGCACGCCGAACUUCGCCAAGCUGCUCUCCGCGGUCGGCCUCUGA